AUGGAAUUACAAAAGAGCAGCGAUGUUAAAAGCAAAAUGCGGGGCUCUGUUCAGACCUCUCACCUCUUUUCUUAUUCUGAGAAAGCUCAGCAAACUCCGAUCAGAGACCCUGCAGUGGGAGCUAACGUCUCUGGUUUUGGCCAGGCACAUUGUGCCAGUGUUUCAGACUUAGAGUUGCAAGAGGAAAGCUUACCUUACUUAAGUUCAUCUUUAGAUGCAGAUAUUGAAAUGUACAAUAAGAAGAGAAAGCGAGUUUGCUGUGAGCAGGUAGAGGAAAGCAAGAAAGAAUCUGGUACGUUGGGAAGGGUGUGCAGCGAUACGCAUUCCAAUUGCGGCGUGUGCGAUGAUUGCAGACAGAUCCAUGUAGGUGAAGAAUAUUCACAGCUGGAGUAUGUCAGUGCUAACGAGCAAGAACCGGAUGGUAGGGACAGCUCAGGUGAGCUUUCUGAGCAAUGGGAAACUGUAGGGAUCAAAACCCUAAAGCUGAUGGAUCCAGCUCAUCAGGUUCCAGGCGGUGGAGCUGCAAAGGAGCAAAGUCCUGUUGAUGUGGUAGAAGAUUGUUCUGCCCCUGAGUACUGCGUAGGGGACCAGGUCCACACGGAAGAAGCUGUGCCAGAGCUUCCCCAGCUGCUUCAGGACUCUCUGCUGGUUUGCAGCAGCACGUCUUGUGAUCAUAAGGAAGAGCAUACAGCAUGUAACAAUGUUCUUUAUGGAAAUAUACUUGAAAGUCAUGCUUGUGGGGGUAAGGAAAGGGUUUAUCCAAAUCUGCUCAUGUGUGAUGGUUUAGAAAACGGAGAGGUGAAAGAUGCUCCCCUGGUUGAUGGCACACAUUCACCCCUGGGGGCCCCGAAUAAAGAGGUGUCUGAGCAGAAUGACAGGCAUGUUCACAGCAUGGCAGUGAAGCAAGAAAAUCCUUUGCUGCCACCAAGAAAGGCCCCUGCAAGAGCCACGCAAUUGUGCAAAAGCACAAGGGACUGCAAUUUUUAUUCUUGUGAGGAACCUCUUGCAUGUGUGGUUGUCAGCACCGAGAGUCGCUUGUUUGGGGUGGAAGUUGCAGAUCAGUCUGGCAGGAACGCCAGCUCUCUCAGCCUGGAACCGGAGUGCUGUGAAAAUCUGAUAAACCUCACCAGCAACUCCAAAGUUAACCAGGCUGUCGAUGCGAGCUCUGAUUUCAGAGCUUGCUUUACGACCAGCAGGAGUACCAGCGCCCGGGUCCAUCUCGUGUCCAGGGCUGUCAAUACAGAGAUAACAAUGAUGAACAAAUCCCGGCCUGCGGGGUGGCACCUUGAAACCUGCGCAGACGCUGCGUGCUACAGGGACGGGCCCUGUGGAGCUGGUAGUGUGGAAGACGUUGGCUCACAGCUUAAUGUACACCUGGGAAAGCACCCGGAUGGCAAUACUGCGACAGCUGAGAGAAGUUCACAAAUGAAGGAGCAGUGGGAAUCCAAAGCUGAGUUGCGUAGCGGGGAUCUAAAGCUAAACACUGACAGGCCAAUACACCUCGACAAACAAACUGUGAAGAACUCUGUGUCAAGCUACUGCCAAAAUCUACUGCAGAGAGCUGUUGAAGCAGAAUUGCAGAUUCUAACCACUCAUUAUCAGAUGUGCUAUCAGCACUGCUUGAAGGUUUACAAGCUGGCUUUGGAGGAAAACGUAUGCUUUAGCAGAUACCAUGGAAAUGGUUAUGCUAAGACUGAAUUAGGUUCAUCUCUCUUGUUGGUUUUGGAAGAGCUAAAAAAGAAUUACAACAGCAUGAGAGUGAAAAUAAAAAUGGGCAUACCUUUAAAUGCACUUCCACCACUGUCAGUUGAGAUAAACUUGUUCCCAAUCUCUUCUUCUUACGUCCCAUGCAAGUUGUUCAGCGAGGACCUGUGCUACGAUUCUGUUUCAGGCAUGAGGAAAGCAGACUUUGAAGCUCUAAAACUGCAAGAAACUAACACUUCUGUCAACGUGGACAAUACACAGAUCGUGUAUUUAACUGGUGGCGGUCAGCCUAGUGGCUAUGUAAAAACCGAAGACGGGAAUGAAUAUUGGUUUGAUGCUAAAGAGGAAUUGACAGUAGCAGAAUUUUCAGUAAUAUCUGAAGAAAUGGAAGAGCAACAAGAAAAACAAGACACAGUUGAUUUAAGAGAAGCAAAGAUAAGGGAAAGUGUGAACAAGUCCUCCUUUGUUUGUGUUGGUGGCCUAAGUUCCUCAGUAUCAGAGGGUGACUUAAGAUCACAUUUCCGGAAAUACCAGAUUUCUGACAUUCUUAUCUGUGUGGAUUCUGGUAACCACAGAUGUGCAUUUCUUGGCUUUAAAGAUGCUAAUGAAGCAAAGUUAGCAGUAGAGGAAAUGAGCAAGAAACAAAUAAAAGGAAAAACAAUAAGUGUUGAGCUUGUAAAUGAUUCAUCAGAGAACAAAUAUUCUGUUUCCCAAAUACUUAAAAAGAAGCUGUGGCGUGAAUUCCACUCUGUCAACAACAGUCAAAGAAAGGAUCAGGAUAAACCGCUCAGUUCAGCCUCCAAUUCAGUGGAAGCUCCUGAUACCACCUCUGCUUCUGAGAAGGCGCCUCUCCUUCCCACAGCUGCUUUAAAAAUUCCUUGCUCUACCCAAGCACCUUUGGAAACAAAGUGUUCUGGUCCGAAAUCCUCUGUUGAAGAGUCGGUACGUUUUCUGUUUGCAGUUAAUCAAAAGGACACUGGAGGCAAUUCCCUGCAAAAAGCAUCUGCUCCUUUCUCCACUAAUUCAUUUGGUGCCUUUAUGUCUCCUAAUACCUUGAACUUGAGCAGCUUUACCAAGUUAAUGAAGAAACUUCAAGAAAUUCAUCCAGAGGCUAGUAGAGACAAAAUUGUGGAUGCUCUGCUGGAGGUGAGGAAGAACAAUAAAGGUAUCCUCAGUGGCUUGUCCAUCAAUUCUAUUAUGGAAAGGACCUCUGUAAUCCUAAGGAAGUCAACGCCCAGCUGUAGCAGGGGGGAAAGCAACGUAAAUAAGAGACCUGGAGUUAUCCUUCCCCACCAGAACCUAGAGCUGCCUUCAGUCCGACGUGUUAAAUCAGUGUCGAGGCCAGAGACUUCAUCCAGCGCCCCUGGAGCUGUUAUUCCCCUUCGGUGUGUGGCACAAAGGAAAAUGAAAGGAUUGCUGUUUUCCACCCACCACUUCAUCGCGGCGACGGCGUGCCACGAGGCGGAGUACGGCCGGCAGAUCCGCGAGCGCUGCCUCCGGCCCUUCAAGCUGAGCAUGGAGGGCAUCGGGCAGCGGCUGUGGUGUGACUGGGACGAGACCAUGGGCACCUACGGGGAGCUGACCAACUGCACGGCGGCCGUGGCCGAGAACCUCACCUGCUACUGGCCCAACCGGCUGGUGGACGAGUUCUUCGUUGCCGUGCACAGCCACUACUUCAGGAACUGCUCCCCGUCCGGCCGGGCGCUGCACGACCCCCCCAACGGCGUCCUCUGCCCCUUCAUCCUGGUGCCCGUCCUCGUCACCCUGCUGAUGACGGCACUGGUGGUGUGGAGGAGCAAACGCAGCGAGGGCAUUGUCUAAGGAUGGGUUUUGGGCACAGCACGGCUGAGGAGCGUCCCAGGGGUGCUGAGGCCCCGCGGCAUCCCCGCCGGUCCCCUCCCCAGGCGGCGGUUCCCAAUUAAAUCAAUCGUUAACGAUCCGGUCACCGGACGGCGCGGGAUGCUGGUGGCGGUGAGGAUGCUGCUCACCGGGUACCAGGGCAGUGCUGCAGCAAUGCUCGGCCUUUCCCUGCUUCCCUCCCAGCACCCCACAGCUUCCACCGGGGGAAAAAAAAAAAAAAGGAAAAUUUGGGAAACUAAGGAAAAAAAUGGGGGGACUGGAGUCCUGCCAGCGGUGCCGGCGCAGCACUGGGACGUGCCAUGACCACGAGGAUGGCAGGUCAGGGUGCAAGCUGGGUGAUGAAACCUUCACUUUUCUUCCUUUUAUCCUUUUUUCUUGGUUUACCCUUUUUAACGCCAGGAAAGGCACCUUCUCCCCCCAGCCCACCCAUGGACGGGCUCUGCCCAGCGGGGACGGUCACUGCCCCAUG